UUACUGGAUCGUGUUGCUCAGGGAUCUCAGUCAACUCCUCACACCAUGAAGGGUUUUACUCUUCUUUUCCUAGUUGUUAUCUGUGGCAUGGGAGGAUUGGGACAGAAGCUGAAGCCAAAGAGAAGAAGCAAUGGUGAAGAAAUCAAAUUUCGGACUAAAACCAAAGACAUUUGCACAAUGAGCAUUAGUGGGGACGAUGAGGAGAUGAAACUUAGAAUUGAAUGCAAAAGCCAAGACAUGUCCUACUGGUGUGAAUUCACUGGCAAGCCAUCAGUCUGUCGUGCUUUCAGAAAUAAUCCAAAGAUUUACUGGAAUCAGAUCGCCGCAGAACUUAGAAAGAUCCCUCAUGCCUGUGAAUCCACAGAAGUGUUGAAGACCUCCAUGUGCCAAAAGGCUCCUCCAGAGGCUCUCAUGAAGCAAAUAGCUACUGGUGUGGAGCCAGAAGAGCUAGCAAACCAGGAAGAAUCAGUGCAGAAAAUGUCCACUUCUAUGAGAGGAGCAGGGCAAGGGUCUGAAAAUGAAACAGAAGCAAUGAGACUGGCACGGGAACAUUGCUGGGAAUCCCUGCAUGGUUUCUGCUCCUACAUCAUUGGCAUCUUUAGGGGUUAAGGACUCACCUCAGAGCAAAAUUGUUACAGCUGAAGAAGGGUCCUUGCUGUAGUUUAAUAAUUUAGACAUAAGAAUUUUGGUUUAAAAACGAAUUAUCUCUAUUAAUCUUGUAGGUGUUUUCUUUUUAUGCCCCUAAAAUGAAACUUUUUAACAGCCCUGAAAAAUGCAUGAGACUGGAGUGACUGUGUUUAAAGUGUUAGGAUGAACGAACUGUCACUAGACUUGUUACACACCCAGGUGUGCAUUUAAAUAACAGAGGUUCUGCUUUAGGAAUGCUGACCUUGCAUAGGUUUUUGUAUGUGCUGAUUUGCUUUCGUUUGUUAGAGAUGAAAGCUGUUAAUGAUGAUACAG